AUGCCGGAUGGGAUUGAUUUGGGAAAAUUGACGCAUAUCGUUACGGGGGAUAUUGAUUUUAAGGAGUUCAGGGAGUGUGAAGCGCGGGGUGUUGAGGUUGUUACGCCGAAGUGGGUGGAGACGUCUGUGCAGCGGAGUAAGCAGCUCAAUCCGCAAUGCUACUCUCCAGACCCACGCAUGAUCUUCUCCGGCCUCCUCGUCACCUGCUCCGAACUUCCCCCCGGCGACCGCGACGCAAUCUAUGGAGGCAUUAAAGCCCUCGGCGGCGAGUACACCGAUAAACUCCUCCGAACAACAACACACAUCGUCGCGCUUUCCACCAAUAAUGAAAAAUGUAGGCAAGCGAUGGCGAGACCGGGGUUGGGGAUUAAAAUUGUGUUACCGCAUUGGUUUGAUGAUUGUUUGAAGUUGAGGAGGAGGAUUGGGGAGGGGCCGUAUUUGUUUGGGGGAGAUGGGGAAGUGCCGGAGAUUUGCAAGGGGGCUAACCUUCCGGAUGGAUCACUGCCACCGGUGCCGCCAGCGGAGGCGAGUGCGGAGGGGAAGUACACGCAUGCGGAUCCAUCCCGUUUGCCGAGUGAGCCUCCACAACCAACAAGUCCCUUCCUUUCCGGUCGAAAGUUCUUCUUGGCCAAGGAUUGGGAGGUGGCACCGCAUCUGCGUCAGUCAUUGCAACAGACGAUUUCGAAUGCCGGCGGUGUACCUGUGGACCAGUUGGCAAACGCAGAUGUGUAUGUUGGACAAUGGCGAGAAGGUGAUGACUUCGUGGACGCGAGCAAGCGAGACCUCGUUGUGGGCAACUUAAUCUGGCUGUAUUGGAUGCUCGCUCACACCCAAUGGAUUUCACCGCGGGUUCAUCUGCUUCACUACCCCAAGGUGAAAGGCGGACUUCCUCACAUGAGGAACAUGGUCAUCACGGUCUCGAAUUACACCGGCAAUACCCGUACCUACCUCGAACAGCUUGUCCUUGCCUCGGGGGCGAAGUUCACGAAGAGUAUGCGACAAAACGAGAAUACGCAUCUGAUUACUGCAUCACCGACUGGCUCGAAAUAUGAACAUGCACGAAGUUGGGGAUUAGUCGUGGUGAAUCAUCUUUGGUUGGAGGAGACAUAUGCGAAGUGGUGUCCGAUGAGCCCGACGGAGAGUAGGUUCACUGCAUUACCGGAGGGUCGGAACUUGAUGGAGGUUGUGUAUAAGACGCCUAUUGACGGCGAAGCACUGCGUCAAUUCUGGGAAAGCGAGGACGAAGAGGAGAGCGAUGAAGAGGAAGAGCCAACCACGACAAAGCCCUCGAAGCCUAUAUUGGCGCCGCAUACGAGCGGGCUGUCCAGUGCUUUGCCAUCCGAUGGAUUGAAGGACAGAGAUUUAACGUCUCCAGCAACGGCACAUACGCCCACACCUCGCCCACGGACCACGAAACUUCCCCAGGAAACGCCAACGUCGAGGGGACGUUUAGCGCAUCUGUCCAGCGAACCACCGAGUUCUGGGAAGAGGAAGGCAGCGGAUGUUGCUAUUGCUAGAUUACACAGUGUUAUCAUGCCCGACGUUGUCGCGUAUGAGAAGGAGAAGAGGAGGAAGACGUCGUCGAUUGUUGAACCUCCGCUCCCUCUUAGGCCAAGGUCAUCGACACCAGCUGAAGAGCAGCCGCCAGCGAAGAAGAGCAAGAAGACGAAGCAGGCUGUUGUGGCGGAAGCGUCGAAGAAAGCCGCUGGAAAUGGGACGGGCAGGGCGAGGAGUGUCAGUACUACUGCGCGUCCCUCCUCUGGUAUUCGGGUUAUGGUCACCGGAUACAAAGACUGGGAUGAUGUGAAAGUUGACGAACUAACUGAACUCGGCAUUGACUUCGUCAGUACGGCACCAGACUGUACACACCUUGCUGCACCAGGAAUUCUCCGAACAGAGAAGUUCAUGUCAGCGAUCCCAUACGCACCUAUCAUCAUUUCGACAGAGUGGUUGGAAGUGUGUCUGGCUGAUCGGAAGAUUGUUGAUGUGGAUGAGUACGUCCUGCAGGAUAAAAAGAUGGAGACGCAGUAUAAGUGUAAGCUGGCCGACACACUCGCUCGUGCGAGGAAGAAUCAGAGAACGCUGUUUAAAGGAUAUAUCGUUCAUUUGACGACGGGGAUCAAGGGUGGUGUCGAGCCCUCCACGCGGAUCAUUGAGGCUAAUGGGGGAAAGGUGGAGAUCGGCGUGCCGAGUGCAAGGCAGUUGGCGACGAAGGAGGAAGGGGUGGAGAGGGUCAUUGUCAGCAUCGAGAAAGAUCGGAAGCAGUGGGACAAGCUGGUGAAGGCUGCCCGUGCGAAAGGAGAAGAUCCAAAGGUUUACUCUACGGAGUGGAUUUUGACGAGUGUGUUGAGACAGGAGUUGGCUGGUGAUGACGACUUUGUCAUAAAAGUAUGA